AUCAUCCGAUCCCCGGAAUUAAACCACGGAAUUCGGCUAUGAUAUUUUUAUAAUAUUUUGUAUUAUGAUCUAAGAUAAUAAUAUAAUAUAAUAUAUUAUCAUAUUAUAUUAUGACUGUAACAGUUACAAUUACUGUCCUUAAUCCUUACGAGAAAUUAUUGAGCAGGCUGUAUCGAAAACGACACCAGUCUGUAGGCGCACUAUUUAUGAACUUGGCAGACUUGAAAAUGCAAAAAUACUUAUAACAGUUAGCAGAGAAAAUCUUAAAAUGACCACGGAGCAUAAUGACAAUAUUGCACAGAAAAAAAAUGAAAUUGUACAACCUGUUCAAAAACAAAUAGAUGAGUUUAAAUCACACUAUUUGCAACAUUUUGAUCCUAUCUGUUGUCUAGGAAAAGGAGGUUUCGGGAUUGUAUUUGUGGCCAAAGAUAAAUUAAUUGGCAAAAAUUAUGCUAUUAAAAGGAUACCUUUUCCAUCACGACAAGAAUCUAGAGACCAUGUAUUACGUGAAGUUAAAGCAUUAGCAAAGUUAGAACAUAAAAAUAUUGUUAAGUAUUUCAAUGCUUGGUUAGAAGAACCUCCUAGAAGUUGGCAAGAAGAACAGGAUAACAAGUGGAUGCCAAAAUCUGAUUAUAUGGACACAAGCAGUAUUAUAACAACUAGUCAAACACAAGUUACCAAUCAUUGUUCAAUAGAAUCAUAUAACGAUAAAAGUGAUUUGUCUUGUAUUGUUUUUGACAGUAAUAAUAAAGAUGAAAUAUUAGAUAUAAGUUCAGACAAAUUAACUAAAGGUAGUAAACAACGGAAACAUAAAUUUGAGUAUGAUACAACAAGUGAGCGAAAUGAAACUAUACAAUUAAAAAUGGAACUUUGUGCGAGACAUAGUUUAAGAGAAUGGUUACUUUAUUAUAAAAAUAGAGAUAAAAUAGAUAUUUUAAAGAUUAUUGGCCAAAUUACGGUUGGUGUUGAAUAUAUUCAUUCAAAAGGACUCAUACAUAGAGAUUUAAAGCCUUCAAAUAUAUUUUUUUCAUUGGAUAACCAAAUCAAAAUAAGCGAUUUUGGUUUAGCUACAAAAAUGAUAAAUUCUGAUUCAGAGACUGAAUACGAUGAUAAACAACAUACUGAUCAAGUGGGUACACAAUUCUAUAUGAGUCCAGAACAGAUGAUACUAGGAAACUUAUAUAAUUUUAAAGUAGAUAUUUAUUCUCUUGGCAUUAUAUUUUUUGAAUUGCUCAAUUCUUUUACUACUGAAAUGGAAAGAUGCAAAACAUUAAAGGUCCUUAGAAGAGGUACAAUGCCUAGUGAAUUUUUGAAAAUGUAUAAAGAUACAACUGAAAAAGAAUUGGUGUGCAAUAUGUUAUCGAAAGAUCCUGAAAAACGUUAUACUACAUCUCAAAUUAUUGCAAUACUUGAUAGAAGGAUCAUCAAUUUAUUUGUGCUACCAGACACGGAUCUAGAGCAAAGGUUUCCCCAGGGCCCCGACAAUAUUUUUACCUGGACAGGGACAUAAACACGCCAACACCGGGUAGUUGGUGGGAGAUGCUAUAGAAGAUAUAUAUUCCGCUGAUUGUCCAAAUAAACAUCUAUUCAGUUGUUUGAAACCAGAAAAAAUUAACAGUAACAGUAAUGGAAUUUCAAUAAAACUCAUAAUAUACAAUUACCUAGGCUCUUUCUUUAUAUCCUUAUUUUUGCUUAUGCACAGAUUUAGAUAUG